CUGCCUGGGAGUCUGCCGCCAUCUUGCUGUCAAUUUGUGCGGAAGCCGCUCCCGUUUUCGGACAUGGCUGCCCGGCUCCCGGCAUGUGUGGUGGACUGCGGUACAGGGUACACCAAGCUGGGAUACGCGGGGAACACAGAGCCGCAGUUCAUCAUCCCGUCAUGUAUCGCCAUCAAGGAAUCGGCGAAGGUGGGCGACCAGGCCCAGAGGCGGCUGAUGAAGGGCGUGGACGACCUGGACUUCUUCAUCGGAGACGAGGCCAUAGAUAAGCCCACCUAUGCUACGAAGUGGCCGAUCCGUCAUGGAAUCGUGGAGGACUGGGAUCUGAUGGAGCGCUUCAUGGAGCAGGUGAUCUUCAAGUAUCUGCGGGCUGAGCCGGAAGACCACUACUUCCUCCUGACUGAGCCGCCGCUGAACACUCCGGAGAACAGGGAGUACACGGCGGAGAUCAUGUUCGAGUCCUUCAAUGUCCCCGGCUUGUACAUCGCGGUUCAGGCGGUGCUGGCUUUGGCUGCUUCUUGGACGUCCAGACAGGUCGGCGAGCGCACUCUGACCGGGACGGUGAUAGACAGCGGGGAUGGCGUCACUCAUGUCAUCCCGGUGGCUGAAGGCUACGUCAUCGGGAGCUGCAUUAAGCACAUCCCCAUCGCCGGGCGGGACAUCACCUACUUCAUCCAGCAGCUCCUCCGAGACCGGGAGGUGGGGAUCCCCCCAGAGCAGUCCCUGGAGACCGCCAAAGCCGUGAAGGAACGGUUCAGCUACGUGUGUCCAGACUUGGUGAAAGAGUUCAGCAAAUAUGACAUGGACAGUGCCAAGUGGAUCAAGCAGUACAGCGGGAUCAAUGCCGUGUCCAAGAAGGAGUUCUGCAUCGACGUUGGCUACGAGAGGUUCCUGGGUCCGGAGAUCUUCUUCCACCCUGAGUUUGCUAAUCCAGACUUCACUCAGCCGAUCUCAGAAGUUGUGGAUGAAGUGAUUCAGAACUGCCCCAUUGAUGUCCGCCGCCCCCUCUACAAGAACAUCGUCCUCUCCGGGGGCUCCACCAUGUUUAGGGACUUUGGCCGGCGCUUGCAGAGAGAUUUGAAGAGAACGGUUGAUGCCAGGUUGAAGUUGAGCGAGGAGCUGAGUGGAGGUCGUCUGAAGCCGAAGCCGAUUGACGUUCAGGUGAUCACUCACCACAUGCAGCGCUACGCCGUCUGGUUUGGAGGCUCCAUGCUGGCGUCCACGCCGGAGUUUUACCAGGUGUGCCACACGAAAAAGGACUAUGAGGAGAUCGGGCCCAGCAUCUGCCGCCACAAUCCAGUGUUUGGGGUCAUGUCGUAGAUGGUGGGGAGGUCGGGAGAAGAGGCUGGGGACGUCUCCCCAAGGGCUGCUGUAGGUCACGCCGUGGUUGUCCUUACUUUAUGGUUAAAUAAAAGGCCAGCUCUGGGCUCUCGCCCCGUUCUCCAGCUUCCUGUGACCGGUCAUGGGAAGGGCUUGCUGGCUUUUUGUAUCUUUUUAUUGGGGCCGAUUAGUAGGUUUUGGCCCUUGGAGGCUGUCCAGGAGCGGUCGCUCUGCAUUCAUUCUGCUUCUGCCCCAGUCGCCCCUGCUCUUUUGCUUGCACACAGCUGGACUCCUCUCCAAUGUCUGAUGGUUUCCAUGAAUAAUUAUGCGGUAAUAUCGUUUUGUGAAGCCGAGUUCCAAUAAAGGCAGCGUCUCUUUUCUA